CUUUUUUUUAAAUUAAAAAAAAAGAAAUUGGAAGGAGUGACUCUCCCUUACACACGACUCACAUCCCCAAAGUGCUGGGAAACUCGUUUUAGGUUGGCGGCGGAGAGCCGCCCUCUCUAACCCUUCUUCUGUUUCAAUCUUUGAACAUUUCUUUUGUUUCUCAAGAUUGAUAUACGACUCUUCUUCUUCAUUCCUUGAUAGGGUUCUUUUUCUUCUCAUACCUUUUUUUCAUUACGAUCAUAUGUGUUUAGUGUUUAUGACAGACGUGCUUGAGCUGCUGUGGCUUAAAGAAUAUUAAUUGCAGACCAUGUUACGGGGAAAGCAGCUUGGUACCCUUUCCCAGUCUGCUAGGUCCAUCAUCUUUGGUGGGUCAAGAUGCAAUGCGGCAGAUAGUUCAUGUACUUGUGGUGAGGAUGAGACCUGCAUCUCCAGAAGGACUGAAUCAAGGAAUGUUGUUGGACAUCCAAAAACACCAUCCACCUUAGUAGAUUCAAGAGAUGCUCGGCCCAUUGCCUCCGGUAAAAAUGACAAUCCAGAGCGUAAAGUUUAUAGGCCACAAAAUAUAUCUGCCUCUAAUAAUACACCUACGCCGUGCACGAGAGCAAAUUGUGUGAGUUAUGGAAGCGCGGAGGAAUUAGACACUGUGCAUUCACCCGUUCCUAUAUCGGAUCGAUUUGUUAGGGUGGGUAUUACCGCGGUCAACUUUUUAUCAGAUUUAGUAAGUAACAAAAUUCCAAUAAAAGAUGGAAAUGGUGUGCUGGACUUGGCCCUUACCUCUUAUGUGGUUGAGCAUGCAAAAUCUGUUUCUAGUGUUAUACCUGCGGCUACGAAAACCUUCCGAAAAGACAAGGGGAAAGCUUCAGCGGAUGUACCACCUUCAGCGUCAAGGCCUGUAAAUACUUCCAGAGGUGGAGGUGUAAAAAGCAGCAAAGGUGGAAAACAAGGUUCCAUCAAAGUUGUUGCUCCCCUUUCCAGUAAUGGGCUGAGAGGUUUCGUUGAGUCCCAUGAUUCAGUACCUCAAAAAUCAAGACCCUAUCCGCACCGUCAUGUGAAUGACGCGCAUGUGAAUUCUGGGGCAGAAGGUCGUACAUGGCCUCCUCUAAGAAAGACCCGAGACGCUCAUAUGGGAGUUUUUCCAACAACAAAGAAUUUUCCAGUUCCUGGCAAUCUUGUAGAAACUGUUUCUCACAUCUUGCAUAACAUGAAUUGGGGCCCAGAAACGGAAGAGGUUCUUCGGAAACUCCAUUGUUCGUUGGAUGUCUAUCAAGUGAACCAGAUUCUUAAGAAGCUCCAAGACCACUCAGUGGCCCUCAGCUUUUUCCACUGGGCGAAACAGCAGCAUGGGUUUAAACACGAUGGGCAUACCUAUACCACCAUGGUUGGCAUCCUUGGACGUGCCAGGCAGUUUGGGGCAGUAAAGGAAUUGCUCCAAAAGAUGGUCAGUGAUGGAUGCCUCCCAAACGUGGUGACAUAUAACCGCAUAAUCCAUGGGUAUGGUCGGGCAAACCACUUGGGUGAAGCAAUGAACGUCUUUAACCAGAUGCAGAGAGCCGGGUGUGAGCCGGAUCGCGUCACCUAUUGUACGCUCAUUGACAUUCAUGCCAAGGCGGGGUAUCUUGAUGUUGCCAUGGACUUGUAUCAACGGAUGCAAAUGGUUGGGCUUUCCCCGGACACAUUCACUUACAGUGUGAUCAUCAACUGCCUUGGCAAAGCAGGCCACUUGGCUGAUGCUCACAAGCUCUUCUGCGAAAUGGUUGACCAUGGGUGUAUGCCAAACCUGGUGACAUAUAAUGUCAUGAUCGCCUUGCAUGCCAAGGCCAGGAACUACACCACGGCACUAAACAUUUACAGAGACAUGCAGAAUGCCGGGUUUGAAGCAGACAAGGUGACUUACAGCACAAUAAUGGAAGUUCUCGGACAUUUCGGACAUCUAGAAGAAGUGGAGGCAGUGUUUUGUGAGAUGAAGAGAAAAAACUUCGUUCCCGAUGAUUAUAACUACGGAAUCCUUGUGGACCUAUGGGGAAAGGCCGGCAAUCUGGAAAAGGCAUUGAAGUGGUAUCACGCGAUGCUCGAAUCCGGCUUGUGCCCAAAUGUGCCCACCUGCAACUCUCUCAUCAGUGCUUUCCUUAGGGUGCAUCGGUUGUCCGACGCGUAUUACAUACUCCGGAGCAUGAUUGAUUUGGGCCUAAACCCGUCUCUACAGACUUAUACUCUGCUUCUUAGCUGCUGUACAGAAGAAGCUCAAACCUCAUUCUUUGGGAGGGGCUUUUGGUAUGAACUUAUGGAGACCACGGGUCACCCGGCCCACAGAUUCUUACUGACCAUGCCAUCCGCUGGGGCAGAUGGGCAGAAUGUGAGGGAUCAUGUAACCCAGUUCUUGGAUUCCAUGCAUAGUGAGGACAGGGACAGCAAGAGGGGACUCAUUGACUCAGUUAUAGAUUUCCUCCACAAGUCAGGUCUCAAAGAGGAAGCAGCCUCUGUGUGGGAGGCUGCCGCGCACAAGAAUAUCUACCCGGACGCAGUACGGGAGAAGGGUUCCCUUUACUGGCUGAUAAAUCUUCACGUGAUGUCAGAUGGGACUGCCAUAACCGCCCUGUCGAGGACGCUGGCCUCUUUUCGCAGGCAAAUGCUUGCCUCGGGGGUCUGCCCGAACCGCAUUGAUAUAGUGACCGGGUGGGGCCGAAGGAGUCGGGUGACGGGCACGUCCCUCGUGAGACAGACCAUUGAGAAGUCUCUCAGCUUGCUUCAUUUCCCAUUUCUUCCUGUUUAUGGCAACUCUGGCUGUUUUGUCGGGUGCGGAAAGCCCCUCGGCGAAUGGUUGGUCCGACCUUACAUCGAGCGCAUGCAUUUGCUGUAACAAUAAUAACAAUAAGUAUGAUGAUGAUCUCAGAUCACGUUUUUGCAUGGCAAUUUCAAAUUUGCUGCUUUGCUCGUCUUGUAACAUGAACUGCUUUCAUUGCCUUUUUUUCCUGUUCGGAUGGAAUGUGAAACAUAUUGAUGAACCAACCAUAAGUGCGAAAUAAUGGAGCAAACCUGCAACUCUAUAAUGCAUACUUCAUGGGAAGAAAGAAUGGCCCAAGGUAGCGAAGCUUUAUAGAUAGAGAAUUAGACAACGAAAAUUGAUGUCACUUGUCGGGGGAUACAGACCAUAACACUACAAUAACAUGCAAGAAGAAGGUGGAUGAUUGUAUUCAAUGUAGGGAUGUUUUGUUUGGAGUGAGUACAUGAGAGGUGGCUAGACCAAAGCCCAUUUCUUGUUGCUUUAUACUCAACUAGCAUUUCACCCGUGCGUUGCACGGGAAUGUAUUUCAUCUAUAGUUUAAGAUGAAUAUAAAGAGUUUAAAGAUUAUUUAUAAAUUUUAAAAAUGAAUAAUACUUAAAUAG